AUGGCUGGGAUGGCGUCGCUGCAGGGCGCCAUGGCGGCGCUCUCCGUCUCCGCGCCCGGCGCGGCCAGCACCAGCAGCUUCUGGGGCAACCGGCUCGACACCUACUCCGCGCCGCAGCCUGGGGUAAGAUUUAUGGUCAAGAUAUGCCCAAUUGAAAUGAGACUUAAGAGAUGGGAGCGAAAGAAGUGUAAACCAAACAGCCUUCCUGUGCUGCACAAGAUGCAUGUUAGGAUUGGGGACACGGUACAGGUCAUUGCAGGCCGUGAGAAAGGAAAGGUUGGAGAAGUUACACGCCUUUUCAAGCACAACAGCACGGUGAUUGUGAAGGACCUGAACUUGAAGUCGAAGCACAAGAAAGGCACAGAUGAUGAACCCGGUGAAAUCGUCAUGAUUGAAGGCCCCAUUCAUAGCUCAAAUGUGAUGCUCUACUCCAAGGAGAAGAGUGUGGCAAGCAGGGUUGGCCACAAAUUCCUCGAGGACGGGACCAAGGUCCGAUACCUGGUCAAGACCGGUGAAGUAAUCGACAGUGUUGAGAAGUGGGUAAAGAUGAUGAGGCGCUCGACGGCUCUCAAGGCGGCGGCGUACAUGUCGAUCAUGUCGUACUGGGAGAGGAGCGAGGAGGAGGAGACCCACCGGAUGUUCGUGGAGUGGAUGGCCAAGUGCAACAAGACCUACAACUCCACCGGCGAGGAGGAGCACCGGUACGCGGUGUUCAAGGAAAACUUCCGCCGCCGCGGCCCCGUCCUCAACAUCUUCGGCGACUGGACCGACGAGGAGCUUCACGCAUGGCAUUCCGGAGGAUGCCUCGGAGAGGGAGACUUAGCUGAGCAGCAGAAAGCAUCAUUUUUACAUGUUCGCUGCAAGCCUGCGACAUACCAUUUGCAUCAAGCGGGCAAGAUUAACCAAAAUAGAGGAUGUUCCGCUUCAUCGUAA